CCAAUUUCUUAGAUUUUAAGUUAGGGUUGCACAAUCUCCUCAUUCACUCACUAUCCUGAAGGGAAAUCAACCCCUCUAAACUGUCUUUGUAGUUUUGAGAUAGAAACCCAGAAUGGCUUCCACAAGCUACUUCAGAGCCUCUUCUUCUUCUUCUUCUACUCCUGCCAUCCCUCGAACAAGUACUUAUGAUGUUUUCUUGAGUUUUAGAGGCGAAGACACCCGCUAUAAUUUCACUGAUCACCUCUACAGUGCUUUGGGUAGGAGAGGGAUUCACACCUUCAGAGACGAUAAACUCAGGAGAGGAGAAGCGAUUGCUCCAGAACUCUUGAAAGCCAUUGAAGAAUCAAGGUCUUCCGUAAUUGUUUUCUCUGAAAACUAUGCUCAUUCGAGAUGGUGUUUGGAUGAGUUGGUAAAGAUCAUGGAGUGCCAGAAAGAUCCGGCACAUGUUGUUUUCCCAAUUUUCUAUCAUGUGGAUCCAUCCCAUGUACGAAAGCAAGAAGGUAGUUUUGGAGAGGCCUUUGCCGGUUAUGAAGAAAACUGGAAGGACAAGAUACCAAGGUGGAGGACGGCCUUGACGGAAGCAGCCAAUCUUUCUGGAUGGCAUAUACUAGAUGGGUAUGAGUCCAAUCAAAUUAAAGAAAUAACUAAUAGCAUAUUCCGUCAAUUGAAAUGUAAGAGGCUUGAUGUUGGUGCCAAUUUAGUUGGUAUAGGUUCCCGUGUAAAAGAGAUGAUUUUGCGAUUGCAUAUGGAAUCAAGUGAUGUUCGUAUUGUUGGGAUAUGUGGAGUUGGUGGGAUAGGUAAGACAACAAUCGCAAAAGUUGUUUAUAAUGAACUUUCUUGUGAAUUUGAAUAUAUGAGCUUUCUCGAAAGUAUUGGAGAGGUUCCCAAUACCGAAGGUUUAUGUCAAUUGCAACGUCAACUUCUUGAUGAUAUCCUAAAGGGAGAGGGAAGUCAAAAUAUAAACAAUGUUGACCAAGGAGCAAGUAUGAUAAAAAUCAUUCUCUCAUCUAAAAGGGUUUUUAUCGUUCUUGAUGAUGUUGGUGAUCAAAAUCAAUUAAAAGCUCUACUUAGACAUUGUGAAUGUCUUGGAGAAGGAAGUAGUGUCAUCAUAACAACUAGAAAUAAACAUGUGUUAGCUGUACAAGAAGUGGAUGACUUAUAUGAGGUUGGUUUGAAUCCUGAAGAAGCUUGUGAACUUUUCAGUUUGUAUGCCUUUAAACAAAAUCUUCCCAAAUCAGAUUACAGAAACCUCGCAUGUCGUGUUGUAGGCUAUUGUCAAGGGCUUCCAUUAGCUCUAAAAGUUCUAGGUUCUCUCUUAUUCAACAAGACAAUACCUGAAUGGGAAAGUGAAUUGCGUAAAUUGGACAGAGAACCUGAAGCGGAAAUUCACAAUGUGCUUAAACGAAGCUAUGAUGGAUUAGAUCGUACAGAAAAAAGCAUAUUUCUUGAUGUUGCAUGUUUUUUUAACGGUGAAGGUAGAGAUUUUGUGUCAAGAAUAUUAGAUGCUUGUGAUUUCCCUACAGAAAUUGGAAUAAAAAAUCUAAUUGAUAAGUGUCUUAUAACUCUCCCAUACAACCAAAUACGUAUGCAUGAUUUGAUACAACGUAUGGGCUGGGAAAUUGUUCGUGAAAAAUUUCCUGAUGAGCCAAACAAAUGGAGCAGAUUGUGGGAUCCCCAUGAUAUUAACCGUGCGCUUACAACAUAUGAGGGAAUAAAAGGAGUUGAAACAAUUAACUUGGACUUGUCUAAGUUAAAAAGAGUACGCUUCAAUUCAAAUGUUUUCUCAAAGAUGACUAGUCUUCGAUUGCUCAAAGUUCAUUCAAAUGUCAAUCUAGAUCAUUAUUCUUUUUAUGAGGACAUUGAGGAAGAGGGAGAAGAUAUAAUGGCUUGUAAGGAUUAUCAUUAUUCUGUAAUGAAAAUUGCUUCUAAAAUGCAACUUGGCCUAGAUUUUAAAAUUCCUUCUUAUGAGUUAAGGUAUCUUUAUUGGCAUGGGUAUCCUUUAGAUUCUUUACCAUCAAAUUUUGAUGGAGAGAACCUUGUUGAACUUCACUUGAAGUGUAGCAACAUAAAACAACUAUGGCCAGAGAAUGAGGUGCAGUAUCUUGAAAGUUUAAAGGUCAUUGAUCUAAGUUACUCAAAGAAGCUCGAUCAAAUGCCAAAAUUCUCAAGCCUGUCAAAUUUGGAGAGACUAAUUCUUAACGGUUGUGUAAGCUUGAUUGAUAUUCACCCAUCUGUUGGAGAUCUCAAGAAGCUUACUACCUUAAAUUUGAGGCGGUGUCAUAAGCUCAAGGGUUUGCCAAGUAGCAUUAGCAAAUUGGAAUCUCUUGAAUUUCUCGAUCUCUCCAAAUGUUCAAGCUUUUGCAAUUGGGAUCUUUAUCCUUGUGGACUCUCAAACUUAGAGAAAUGUCUGGUGAACCAACAAAAUAUGAGAAGUUUACGGCUUCUAUAUUUGUGCAAGACUGCUAUUAGAGAACUUCCAAGCAGCAUUGACUUAGAAUCUGUUGAGAUUCUUGAUCUCUCUAAUUGUUUUGAGUUUGAGAAAUUUUCGGAGAAUGGAGCAAAAAUGAAAAGUUUACAGCGGCUUGUUUUAACCAAUACUGCUAUUAAAGAACUCCCAACAGGUAUUGCUAACUGGGAAUCUCUUCCAACUCUUGAUCUUUCUAAAUGCUCAAAGUUUGAGAAAUUUCCGGAGAUCCAAGGAAAUAUGAGAAGUUUAAAGAAGCUUCUUUUAAAAAAUACUGCUAUUAAGGAUCUGCCUGAUAGCAUUGGAGACUUGGAAUCUCUUGAGUCUCUUGAUCUCUCCGAUUGCUCAAAGUUUGAGAAAUUUCCGGAGAAGGGAGGGAACAUGAAAAGUUUAAAGGAGCUUUCUUUAAAAAAUACUGCUAUUAAGGAUCUGCCUGAUAGCAUUGGAGACUUGGAAUCUCUUGAGACUCUUGAUCUCUCUGAUUGCUCAAAGUUUGAGAAAUUUCCAGAGAAGGGAGGGAACAUGAAAAGUUUAAAGGAGCUUCAUUUGAAAAUUACUGCUAUUAAGGAUCUUCCCACCAACAUUUCUAGGUUGAAAAAUCUUCAAAGACUUAUCCUCGGUGGCUGCUCAGACCUGUGGGAAGGAUUAAUAAGCAAUCAGCUUUGCAAUCUGCAAAAACUUAAUAUCAGUCAAUGCAAAAUGGCUGGACAAAUUCUGGUGCUUCCUUCAAGUCUACAAGAAAUAGACGCAUACCAUUGCACAAGCAAGGAAGAUUUAUCAGGUCUGCUCUGGCUUUGCCACCUCAACUGGUUGAAAUCCACAACAGAGGAGUUGAAAUGCUGGAAACUCAGAGCUGUUAUUCCUGAAAGUAGUGGAAUUCCAGAGUGGAUAAGGUAUCAGAACAUCGGAAGUGAAGUAAUAACAGAGCUUCCAACGAAUUGGUAUGAAGAUCCUGACUUCCUAGGAUUUGUUGUAUCAUGUGUUUGUCGGCAUAUUCCUAGAUCUGAUUUUGAUUACUGUUAUCUUGAUCUCGAGUGUGAAUUGAAUUUACAUGGCAAUGGAUUUGAAUUCAAGGAUGAUUGCCGGUUUCAGUGUGGGUGUUGGACCCAUGGUAAUUGUAAAGAUUUGAGAGAUCAAGUAUGGGUUUGGUGGUAUCCUAAGAUUGCUAUUCCGAAAGAGCAUCACCAUAAAUACACACAUAUUAAUGCUUCAUUUAGGGGUGUUUUGACAACCAUAAAAAAAUGCAGCAUCAAUCUUAUAUUUGCGGGAGAUCAACAAAAUCAUAUGCCCAUGUUGGAGCAUCCUCAGAAUUCUGGUGACAAUGGAUCAGCAUUACAAGAUACCGAUGGUAAUGUUCAUGGGGCUAAUCAAGAUGAUGAACACUACCAUAUUCCCACGUUAGAUCUUCUUGGGAAUUUUGGUGACAUUGGAUCAGUAAUACUUGAAGGCACAGAUGGAAACCGUAAGAGAAGACGUGAUGAUUCCUUACCCGAUGUAGUGGAGGAGCCACAUUAUAAAAGAUUGGGGCACCCAACACCCAUCUCUCGCUUUGAACUCCAUCAUACCGAUCAGAACGAAAUCACAUGUGGUAGCUGCAGGCGGACUUCAUGUUUUUUCCUAACAACUUAUUGCUUCAGGUGGAAACAAGGAUAAUGAGGAGAAGUUAAUCUCAAGAUGCAAGUGAGAUUCCAAAUGUUGCUAAGGUGGUCUACUCUUGCAUAGGAUUAGUCUCUUACAAUCAUGACCAUCAAGAAAGAUGGUACAAUUUGUGUAUUGAAAGUGUGAAUUAGGAAUGUUAAAAAAUGAAAACUCGAAUUGAUAUAUGUUUUUGCCCAUAAGAUGUGUGGUUAUGGUCAAUUCUUGUGGGUAUGUAAUUGACCUUGAUGAAGCAUAUGAAGCAUGUCACCCUCUCUGUAUCUUCAAGUUAGUGGUUGGAGCUUCUAUAGAUGGUGGAAGACAAGUGUCACGGAUUUAAGUAUUUCUUAAGCUCUCAUGUGGCACUUAGACAAUUCAAGUCUAUUGAAGUUGCUAAGUCUUUCA